AUCACCUUCAUGAUUAUAAGCUUCUUUCUGCUUGACAUGUUUAUUGGUGUAAUGGUGGAGACCUUCCACCAGUGUCAGCAGAAUCAAAAAAGAAGCGAUGGAGAGUUACUUGAAGAGGGAGGAAAAGUCCAGUGCAACAAUCCUACAGAUUCUCUGGGUAGCAGCAGUCUGUCGUUAUUAUCAUCAGUGUUGUGAUAAUGGCUCUCCAACAUUACAAUCAACCUCCGUAUAUAGGGAAGAUUACAGAGCUUUCCUUCUAUUUGGUCACCUUCAUCAUGUUUAUUGAAGUCCUGCAGAACCUUGUGCAGUUGGGCAUAAGGGAGUUCAUCAAAAUCAGUUGGAAUCUGCUGGGCGUUGCUGUACUCGUGGUUUCCAUCGUCAGCAUUGUUUUGCACCAGAUAAAUAUGGCAGACAUAGUUCCCAUUAAUCCCAACAUCCUGGGAGUACGCAAACCAGUCCUGAAGUUCACAAAGCUACGAAUUCUGCUAAAAACCAUCAUAAAGACUCUUUCACAGGUUGGGAAUAUUUGUGUGAUCUUCAUGUUGUCAUUUUAUAUGUACGCUGCGGCUGGAGUGGAGCUCUAUGGCAAGCUACAAUGCAGUGAUGACCACCCGUGCCUGGGUUUACAUGAUGAAGCCAACUUCAGACAUUUUGGGGUGGCCCUGAUCACACUGUACGGCCUAUUCACCGGAGACAACUGGAAAGUGAUUAUGAAAUUUCGUGGUUAUGGCUCAGUUUGUGCUGGUGAACCUGGUGGUCGCAUCGAUCAUGCAAGCGCUGGAGGACACCAAAGAGGAGGAAGGCCGGCUGUCUCCAGGGGAGAACGACCAGCCAGGUCAACGCAGAAUAAAUUGCAGAAUGUUUUCAUCAAUAGUUUGUUAUUUUAAGUAGAGAUAUUAUCUGUGUAAAUAAACUGUUUAUAUUCGAUUUAUUGCCACGCGUUUGUUUAGAUGGGAGUUGCUUUUAUUGCUUUAUUUUCAUGUUUACGUUCAGUAAACUGUGUAUAGAUGUUGUUUCCUUUGUAUAAAUUUCUGAAAUUAUUUUUUGAAUAAAUGUAUCCAACUUUA